GCUGCGCCUGCGCAGUGCGCGCCCGGGGGGGCGGGGCGCGUUGCGGAGCGCAGGUUUAUAUCCGCGGGCAUCAGGUGACGCUCCGCAUUGCAGACUGCGGGGUUGAGAGUCGCGAUGUACGCUCUCGUCUUCCUGGCCGGCCUCCUGGGCACGGGUCUAGCCAGCCCGGUCCUGGGCCUGAAAGAAUGCACGAGAGGCUCAGCGGUGUGGUGCCAGAACUUGAAGACGGCCUCUGACUGCGGCGCCGUGAAGCACUGUCUGCAGGCCGUGUGGAGCAAGCCCACCGUGAAAUCCCUUCCCUGCCGCUUGUGCAAAGAUGUGAUCUCUGCGGCUGGCGAGAUGUUGAAGGACAACACUACCGAGGAGGAGAUCCUUGGCUACUUGGAGAAGACCUGUGACUGGCUUUCGAACCCCAACUUAUCUGCCUCAUGCAAGGAGAUCGUGGACUCCUAUCUCCCCGUCAUCCUGGAUCUCAUUAAAGGAGAAAUGAGCCGGCCUGGGGAGGUGUGCUCCGCUCUCAACCUCUGCCAGUCCCUGCAGAAGCACCUGGCUGAGCUGAACCACCGCCGACAGCUUGAGUCCAAUAAGAUCCCGGGGUUUGACAUGACGGAGGUGGUGGCUCCCUUCAUGGCCAAUAUCCCCCUCCUCCUCUACCCUCAGGACGGCCCCCGCAGCAAGCCGCAGCCGAAGGAUGACGGGGACGUCUGUCAGGACUGUGUUCAGAUGGUGACCGACAUCCAGAAUGCUGUGCGCACCAACUCCACCUUCGUCGAGGCCUUGGUGGAGCACGCCAAGGAGCAGUGUAACCGCUUGGGGCCUGGCAUUGCUGACAUGUGCAAGAACUACAUCAAUCAGUACUCGCAGAUUGCCGUCCAGAUGAUGAUGCACAUGCAACCCAAGGAGAUCUGUGGGCUGGUUGGCUUCUGCGACGAGGUGAAGGAGCUGCCGCUGCAGGCCCUGGUGCCCGCCAAGGCUGCUGAGAACAUCAUCCCUGCCCUGGAGCUGGUGGAGCCCGUCAAGGAGGUGCCGGUCCAGGUGCGCUCCGACCUCUUGUGCAAGGCCUGUGAGCUCGUGGUGCAGAAGGUGAUGGACCUGAUCGACAACAACAAGACUGAGGAGGAGAUCAUCCACGGUCUGGACAAGGUGUGCUCGGAGCUGCCCACCUCCCUCGCACAGGAGUGCCAGGAGGUGGUGGACACGUACGGCAGUGCCAUCCUGUCCAUGCUGCGGGAAGAGGUGAGCCCUGAGGUCGUGUGCAGCCUCCUCCGCAUCUGCUCCAGCAGCAGCACGCCACCCAGACUGCCCGUCAUGCCUGCGCGCACGGCUCCAGUGAAGGACGGCUUCUGUGAGGUGUGCAAGAAGCUGGUCGGCUACCUGGAGCACAACCUCGAAAAGAACAGCACCAAGCAGGAGAUCCUGACAGCCCUGGAGAAAGGCUGCAGCUUCCUGCCUGAGCCCUACCAGAAGCAGUGUGACCAGUUUGUGGCUGAGUACGAACCCGUGCUGAUAGAGAUCUUGGUGGAGGUGAUGGACCCUGGCUUUGUGUGCCUGAAAAUUGGAGCCUGCCCCUCAGGCCAGAAGCCUCUCUUGGGAACCGAGAAGUGUGUCUGGGGUCCCAGUUACUGGUGCCAGAACUCGGAGACAGCUGCCCAGUGCAACGCUGUGGAGCACUGCAGACGUCAUGUGUGGAACUAGGCCACGUACCUGGUCCCUCUGGCAGAGAGAAGCUGUGGUAACACAUCCUAGUUGACUCUGUUAUAAAAUAGGAUCCUCCUUCCCUUCCCCUCC